UUUCUGAUUUUCCAUAGUGGACGCUGGCGAAGCAAAAGAUAAGGAAAGAGCGACAGAAAAUAUGGCAGAUUCCACCUUUAUCUUCUCCGGUCCUUCCGCCGUAUCUCGCUCCCUUUUCAACGUCAACAAUCGCAGAAAUUUUCGAACCGCAUUGGCAAAACGAACCGACGAUUCCACCGCCACUAAAUCGAAUCAAGAAAAUCAAUUCGAGUUUCCGUCGCUGAGAGUUCCAAAUCCACUUGUCGCUCGAUUUGUCGUUUCGGUUCUCGGAUUAGGGUUCGUCGAUGCAGGGUACAGUGGAGACUGGUCUAGAAUUGGAGCAAUAACUAAAGAGAGCGAAGAUUUGCUGAAGAUUGGAGCUUUCUUAGUGGUUCCGUUUUGCGUAUUUCUGAUAUCUUCUUUUGCCAAACAGACGGAUUCUUCGUAACCGUACCGGUUAGUGACUAGCAGUAAUUGCAAUGGUAGUUCGAGUUCCCCUUUGCAUAUUUCAAACAAUUUUUCUUUUCUAUUAGAUGUAAUAUAAAUAAAUUCAGUAACAACUAAACAAAUUCAAUAAAUAUCUUCCUUGUUGAGGACUGAGGAGUCAGACUUUUUACA